AUGGCACCUUCCCGCAUCUCUCCCGCUCCAUCAACAGACUUGCACGGCUUGACACCAGAGCAGCUGCAGACAUGGGACGACAAGGGCUACCUCCUCAUACCUGAUGCCCUCUCCCAGUCGCAGGUCAAAAAUCUUCUGGCCGAAUCGCAGCGCAUGCUUAGCGAAUUCAGCCUUGCUGACCACCCCAUGACCCGCUUCUCAACUGGUGAGACCAGCUCACACGUGGGCGAUGACUACUUCCUCACAUCCGGCGACAAGAUCCGCUUCUUCUUCGAGGAAGAUGCCUUUGAUAAGCAGGGCAGUCUCACGAAAUCAAAAGAGAAGGCCAUCAACAAGAUCGGACACUACCUCCACCAGCUGAACCCGUCCUUCAAGGAUGCGAGCAUUAACGAGAAGAAUGCAAGAAUAGCGAGGGAUUUGGGUUUCAAGGACCCGAGAGUGUUACAAAGCAUGGUCAUAUGCAAACAGCCAGAGAUUGGUGGGAGAGUGCCUCCCCACCAAGAUUCAGUCUUCCUGUACACAGAUCCACCAUCCGCGGUCGGCUUCUGGUAUGCUCUUGAGGAUUGUACAGUCGAGAACGGAUGUUUAUCAUUCGCCGCUGGAAGUCAUAAACGUGCGCCCAUACUAGACCGAUUUGUGCGGAGCGACGAUGGGAAAGGCACCACUUUCGCUAAGAACGAAGGCAGCGCGUGGCCAAAGUCCUCGAACCAAGAGCAGGGGAUUGAAGAUGAACAGUAUGAGCUUGGCGAAGUCAAGGCGGGGACAUUGGUUUUGAUUCAUGGGAAUCUACUGCAUAAGUCCGAGAGGAAUACGAGCCUUAAGGGCCGUAUGAUCUACACGUUCCACAUGAUUGAAGGUGGGCAUCGAUAUGAUGAGAGAAAUUGGCUGCAACCUCCGAGCGAAGGCUUCACAGCCCUCAACGAGGCUAUCUCUGCAUAA